UGCACAUAGAAUGCGCGCGCUUACUGAAUGUCCAAUUAUAUGAAUGUACAUAUACACUUGUUUCACAUUGUCCACAGUUACCAGUAAACAUAUAAUGACAAGAUUAUUGUUCUGUGGGUUAUGAUUCUAGACAGAUGUCAUGUGUAUACAUUGAUCAUUUUAUAUAAACCAAUGGUAGAACGUUACUUGAAAGUGCCAUACCAGAGAGGAAAUUUCUUUCAAUAUUGUUAAAUCUCAGGUGCUUGUUUUUUUUUGGAAUGCAAUAAGAAACAAUAAAUCCAUUAAUAUAAGGAGAUAAUGCCCAUAAAGAAGUCAGAUAUUCUUUAAGGAGAGUAAAGUCAAAGGCCAAAGAAACAUCAGGAAUUUCAAUUAAAACUUGCAAAAUGCCAGGUGGAAAUGUUAUGGAAGAAGAUCUUGUGGAUCCUGAGUGGCUUUUCAGGCAACUUAGAUUACCGAAUGGUCCAAACAAGCUUCUCAUCUUAGAUUGUAGGGCACAUGCUGAUUUUUCUGAAGCUCAUAUUAGAGGCUCAGUACCGUUAGCUAUACCUAGCAUCAUGUUGAGGCGAUUGGCAGCAGGCAAAGUUGAUCUGCUAUCAACAAUAAGGUGUUUAGAUCUAAGAAACAGAGUGGAAGUGUUUCUGUGUGGCGAUGAGAGUAGUAGAGGGACAUUUGUACUAAUUGGUGACUCUACAGACCCUGCAGGACAUCAGGGUGAAACAAUACAAGUUUUAAGUCGAAGACUUAGAAGUAGUGGAGGAUGUGUUGCUAUUUUAAUGGAUGGUUUUGGAGCAUUCAGAGAUAGAUACCCUGAAUGGUGUGAAGGUAGUCAAACCAGUGGUGAAGGUCCACCAGGUCAAGAUUCUAAUGAAGGUGAAUUAAUGGGUCUCAGGUCACUUCGAAUUUCCACACCACCUACGAGAUCUUAUUCAGAUUCUGAUAGUGAUAGUACAUGUGAUUCUGUUGGACCUGAAGAGGACAAAGACUUUCCAGUUGAAAUUUUGCCCCACUUGUACCUUGGAAAUGCAGCAAAUAGUGAAGAUAGGGAAGCCCUUGCACGUCAUAGGAUACAAUACAUUCUGAAUGUAACCCCAGAUUUACCCAAUGUAUUUGAAAGCGCUGGUUCGAUAAAAUACAUGCAAAUACCAAUAAGUGAUCAUUGGAGCCAGAAUCUAGCUAGUUUCUUUCCACAAGCAAUUCAGUUCAUUGAGGAGGCUCGAAGCUCAGACAAGGGAGUGCUGGUUCACUGUCUGGCCGGAGUGUCUCGGUCCGUCACAAUCACUGUAGCCUAUCUUAUGCACAAGUGCAGUCUCAGUCUGAAUGAUGCUUUUAACCUGGUACGCAGUCGAAAAUCUAAUGUCGCUCCAAACUUCCACUUUAUGGAACAAUUGCACAGCUUUGAGAAGGAACUAAGGGACAGAGGUGACAGAAGUAAUAAAGGAAAUGAGCAAAGGUGUAUUGGAGCAUGCCGGCCUGGAAGACCUUGUAAUUGUCCAGCUCGUAGCUUCCUCAGUCCUAUAGAUCUGGGUCUUAGUCCAGACUCAGGAAUAGAAUUUGACAGAUGGGCGUCGAGUACGCCGGCCGAAUGAGACGGGCCAGGGGGGACCCAAUACAAAUUUUAGGUCCCUCCUCGUAUGCUGCCGUAGUAAAAAAAGGAAGCCCUAAUUGAAGGGUGCGGGAAAGGAAGUUUACAUUUUUGCUAAGAGAAAGUGAUAUCCUAGGACGAGAA